CGACCCCCCAACAAGCCAGCCCCCGCCAGCGACCCCCAACAAUCCAGCCCCCGCCAGCGACCCCCAACAAGCCAGCCCCCGCCAGCGACCCCCCAACAAGCCAGCCCCCGCCAGCGACCCGCCAGCGACCCCCAACAAUCCAGCCCCCCGCCAGCGACCCCCAACAAGCCAGCCCCCCGCCAGCGACCCCCAACAAGCCAGCCCCCUCCAGCGACCCCCCAACAAGCCAGCCCCCGCCAGCGAACCCCAACAAUCCAGCCCCCCGCCAGCGACCCCCAACAAGCCAGCCCCCGCCAGCGACCCCCCAACAAGCCAGCCCCCCGCCAGCGACCCCCAACAAGCCAGCCCCCGCCAGAGACCCCCCAACAAGCCAGCCCCCGCCAGCGACCCCCAACAAGCCAGCCCCCCGCCAGCGACCCCCAACAAGCCAGCCCCCGCCAGCGACCCCCAACAAGCCAGCCCCCCGCCAGCGACCCCAACAAGCCAGACCCCGCCAGCGACCCCCCAACAAGCCAGCCCCCGCCAGCGACCCCCAACAAGCCAGCCCCCGCCAGCGACCCCCAACAAGCCAGCCCCCGCCAGCGACCCCCAACAAGCCAGCCCCCGCCAGCGACCCCCAACAAGCCAGCCCCCGCCAGCGACCCCCAACAAGCCAGCCCCCGCCAGCGACCCCCAACAUCCCAGCCCCCGCCAGCGACCCCCAACAAGCCAGCCCCUGCCAGCGACCCCCAACAAGCCAGCCCCCGCCAGCGACCCCCAAAAAGCCAGCCCCCGCCAGCGACCCUCAACAAGCCAGCCCCCCGCCAGCGACCCCCCAACAAGCCAGCGACCCCCCAACAAGUCAGCCCCCGCCAGCGACCCCCAACAAGCCAGCCCCCGCCAGCGACCCCCAACAAGCCAGCCCCCCGCCAGCGACCCCCAACAAGCCAGACCCAGCCAGCGACCCCCCAACAAGCCAGCCCCCGCCAGCGACCCCCAACAAGCCAGCCCCCGCCAGCGACCCCCAACAAGCCAGCCCCCGCCAGCGACCCCCAACAAGCCAGCCCCGCCAGCGACCCCCAACAAGCCAGCCCCCGCCAGCGACCCCCAACAAGCCAGCCCCCGCCAGCGACCCCCAACAAGCCAGCCCCUGCCAGCGACCCCCAACAAGCCAGCCCCCGCCAGCGACCCCCAACAAGCCAGCCCCUGCCAGCGACCCCCAACAAGCCAGCCCCCGCCAGCGACCCCCAACAAGCCAGCCCCCGCCAGCGACCCCCAACAAGCCAGCCCCCCGCCAGCGACCCCCCAACAAGCCAGCCCUUGCCAGCGACCCCCCCAACAAGCCAGCCCCCGCCAGCGACCCCCAACAAGCCAGCCCCCGCCAGCGACCCCCCAACAAGUCAGCCCCCGCCAGCGACCCCCAACAAGCCAGCCCCCGCCAGCGACCCCCAACAAGCCAGCCCCCCGCCAGCGACCCCCAACAAGCCAGACCCCGCCAGCGACCCCCCAACAAGCCAGCCCCCGCCAGCGACCCCCAACAAGCCAGCCCCCGCCAGCGACCCCCAACAAGCCAGCCCCCGCCAGCGACCCCCAACAAGCCAGCCCCCGCCAGCGACCCCCAACAAGCCAGCCCCCGCCAGCGACCCCCAACAAGCCAGCCCCCGCCAGCGACCCCCAACAACCCAGCCCCCGCCAGCGACCCCCAACAAGCCAGCCCCUGCCAGCGACCCCCAACAAGCCAGCCCCCGCCAGCGACCCCCAACAAGUCAGCCCCCGCCAGCGACCCCCAACAAGCCAGCCCCCAGCCAGCGACCCCCCAACAAGCCAGCCCUUGCCAGCGACCCCCCAACAAGCCAGCCCCCCGCCAGCGACCCCCAACAAGCCAGUCCCCGCCAGCGACCCCCAACAAGCCAGCCCCCGCCAGCGUCCCCCAACAAGCCAGCCCCCGCCAGCGACCCCCAACAAGCCAGCCCCCCGCCUGCGACCCCCCAACAAGCCAGCCCCCGCCAGCGACCCCCAACAAGCCAGCCCCCGCCAGCGACCCCCAACAAGCCAGCCCCCGCCAGCGACCCCCAACAAGCCAGCCCCCGCCAGCGACCCCCAACAAGCCAGUCCCCGCCAGCGACCCCCAACAAGCCAGCCCCCCGCCAGCGACCCCCAACAAGCCAGCCCCCGCGAGAGACCCCCCAACAAGCUAGCCCCCCGCCAGCGACCCCCAACAAGCCAGCCCCCGCCAGCGACCCCCAACAAGCCAGCCCCCGCCAGCGACCCCCAACAAGCCAGCCCCCGCCAGCGACCCCCAACAAGCCAGUCCCCGCCAGCGACCCCCAACAAGCUAGCCCUCCGCCAGCGACCCUCCAACAAGCCAGCCCCCGCGAGAGACCCCCAACAAGCCAGCCCCCGCCAGCGACCCCCAACAAGCCAGCCCCCCGCCAGCGACCCCCAAAAAGCCAGCCCUCGCCAGCGACCCCCCAACAAGCCAGCCCCCGCCAGCGACCCCCAACAAGCCAGCCCCCGCCAGCGACCCACAACAAGCCAGCCCCCGCCAGCGACCCGCCAACAAGCCAGCCCCCCGCCAGCGACCCGCCAACAAGCCAGCCCCCGCCAAUGACCCCCCAACAAGCCAGCCCCCGCCAGCGACCCCCAACAAGCCAGCCCCCGCCAGCGACCCCCAACAAGCCAGUCCCCCGCGAGCGACCCCCAACAAGCCAGUCCCCGCCAGCGACCCCCAACAAGCCAGUCCCCGCCAGCGACCCCCAACACGCCAGUCCCCGCCAGCGACCCCCAACAAGCCAGUCCCCGCGAGCGACCUCCAACAAGCCAGUCCCCGCCAGCGACCCCCAACAAGCCAGUCCCCGCCAGCGACCCCCAACAAGCCAGUCCCCGCCAGCGACCCCCAACAAGCCAGUCCCCGCGAGCGACUCCCAACAAGCCAGCCCCCCUCCAGCGACCCCCAACAAGCCAGACCCCCGCUAG